AUGCCAGGUGUAUCAGUAAGAGACGUUCCAGCUCAAGAUUUCAUAAACGCUUAUGCCAAGUUCUUGCAAAGACAAGGUAAAUUAGAAGUCCCAGGUUACGUGGACAUUGUCAAGACCUCAGCCGGUAACGAAUUACCUCCACAAGAAGCUGAAACUUGGUUCUACAAAAGAGCUGCUUCUAUUGCCAGACACAUUUACUUGAGAAAACAAGUUGGUGUUGGUGCUUUGAACAAAUUGUACGGUGGUGCUAAGAACAGAGGCUUCAGACCUCACAAGCAUGUUGAUGCUUCUGGUUCAAUUAACAGAAAAUGUGUUCAAAGCUUACAAAAAAUUGGUGUUUUGGAAAUCUCACCAAAGGGUGGUAGAAGAAUUUCUGAAAACGGUCAAAGAGAUUUGGACCGUAUCGCUGCUCAAACCUUAGAAGACGACGAAUAA